GAGGAGGAAGCGCCGCGGUGCAGAAGAGCUUGCUGACCUUUCCUACGGCCUAUCAGCGUCUCCGAGGAGGGGGUCAAGCGCCUCGUGAUUGGUGGAGAACUGGGCUGUCGGGAGCAGUGGGUUAGAGUGCGCCGUGGGAGUCCGUGGCUGAGAGGGACCGAGAGGGAAGAGCCGUGGCCGCCCCUGAAGUCGGAGUCAGGGGCAGGAUGGACGCGGCUACUCUCACGUACGAUACACUCAGGUUUGAGUACGAAGACUUCCCAGAGACGAAAGAGCCUGUUUGGAUCCUGGGGAGGAAAUAUAGUGUAUUAACAGAGAAAGAAGAGAUUCUGUUGGACGUGACUUCUCGCCUCUGGUUCACAUACAGAAAAAACUUUCCAGCAAUUGGAGGAAUGGGUCCUACCUCUGACACUGGUUGGGGCUGUAUGUUAAGAUGUGGCCAGAUGAUCUUUGCUCAGGCGUUGAUCUGCAGACACUUAGGCAGAGAUUGGAGGUGGGUAAAAGGGAAGAAACAGACAGACAACUAUUAUAAUGUCCUUAAUGCCUUCAUUGACAAAAAAGACAGCUACUACUCAAUUCACCAAAUAGCCCAGAUGGGAGUUGGAGAGGGGAAAUCCAUAGGCCAGUGGUAUGGACCAAACACAGUUGCACAAGUACUCAGAAAACUUGCUACUUUUGAUACAUGGAGCUCCUUGGCAGUACACAUAGCUAUGGACAAUACUGUUGUGAUGGAGGAGAUAAGAAGGUUGUGCAAACUCGGCUGUCCAUGUCCUGGAGCUUCAGCAUUUCCUGUUGCAGAAUCAGACUUACUUUCCAAUGGAUAUCCAGAUGGAGCAGAAUGUACAGACAGGCUGUUGCUCUGGAAACCUUUAGUGUUGCUGAUACCUCUUCGCCUUGGGCUCACAGAUAUCAAUGAAGCCUAUAUUGAAACACUGAAGCACUGUUUUAUGAUGCCUCAAUCUUUAGGAGUCAUUGGAGGAAAACCUAAUAGUGCUCAUUAUUUCAUUGGCUAUGUAGGUGAAGAGCUAAUCUAUCUUGACCCACACACUACUCAACCUGCAGUAGAGCCCAUAGACAGUUGUCACAUCCCUGAUGACAGUUUCCACUGCCAGCAUCCACCCUGUAGAAUGAGCAUUGCAGAGCUUGAUCCUUCCAUUGCAGUGGGCUUCUUCUGUAACAAUGAGGAAGACUUCAAUGACUGGUGCCAGCGAAUAAAAAAGUUAUCAUUAAUUAGAGGAGCCCUGCCAAUGUUUGAAUUAGUAGAACAUCAGCCUUCACACUUCUCUAGCCCUGAUGUUUUGAAUCUCACUCCAGACUCUUCUGAUGCAGAUAGACUGGAAAGAUUCUUUGAUUCAGAAGAUGAAGAUUUUGAAAUAUUAUCUCUUUAAAGAAAUAUAAGAAGCCAACUCUGCCAAUUUGUGUUGUGAGGGGGAGGGGAGCUUCUUGGAGAGCCUAGGGCUACCAGCUUACAUAGGUGCUUGUUGACAUCCCUGCCUCCCAUCCACCCCAGUGUUCUGUGCAGCCAUGGAGCAGAGUAGAUUGUCUGCAGUGGGAUCAAGAAACAGGUCAUCAUUAAGGCCUUAAUAGCUUUAGUCAGGCUUCUUCAGCAUAAGAGUACCUGCCGGAAAGGGAUGCAAUGUUCCUAGGGGCUGAUGAUUAUUGUGUUAGUGGGCCCAAAGGCUCAGCAAAAAUAAUAGAAGCCCUUUUAGGUGCUUGGUUAUUAUAAUGUCUCUCUGUUAGGGACAACUUAAUCUUGUUUGCUUCUGUCCAUUCCCCACCCACCCCAGUUCUACUUUUUACAGUGUGGAAUGGAAAGCAGCAUAACAUAAUACAGGCACCUGCCUAAUAGUUGUUUCUUUAGCCCAGUAGACCCCGUUCUAUGUCACCUUGGAGUGCAAGCUCUUAACAAGAAGAAAUACAAUACAAAGGGGUACAUGUGCUUUAUCUCCCAUGUUAGUGCUUCCACACACAUUACUCUUCUUGAGUUUCAUAACUGUCUUUUAAAAACACUCAUGUCAAGUCUAUAAUAUAAUGAAAGAAAGUGCAGUAGCACAUCAUGGGCAGGAUGGUGAGAAAAUGACAUUUUCAAGAGUAGGAGGAGAUGAUGUGCUCACUGAAGAGGUCAGCAAUUCCAUAAGGAUGAAAGGAAAAGUUAACUAGGACAUGGCUUUCUUCAACUUAACCUUUAUUUGUUGUGUAUUUUUCUAAUCCAUAUUAAGAAUAUGGUGGCUGCUAUUUAAUAUGAUGGUGCUGGGGAUAUCAGCCAGCUUCCUUGAACUGAAAGUACCUCUGAUUCCACCUUUUGAUGUAAUUUUCCUGCGUUUAGACUUUCAUCAUGCAAUCUGAAGCUGAGUUUUGCUUUAAUACAAAGACCAUCAUUUUAAUAACUUGGUUGGCUAAAAUGCCAGGUGCAGUCCCUUCUGGAACACUAUACAAAACUGUGCUUCUCUUGUGUGGCGUUGUUUUUAAUACAAAGUUCUAAAGGAACACUCAGCAGAUUAUGGCUGCCCAGAAAGGUUAAUUAUUAGCUUACCUAGGAUGGAAAACCUGGUGGUUGUACUUUAAAAUGGCAGGAUUAUUUUGUCUAGAAGAGGAGGGAAUGGCUGGAGAGGCUCCACCACUCCCCCCAGUAUUAUCUAUCUUUUGCAAAUCUUUAGUGCCAUUGAUGGAUGCUGCAGGUGGCAAAUAUGUUUACAAAGCAUUCUUUUCUGUAUUAUCACUUAUCAGCAGCAUUCUCAGCCUAAAGGUGGUAGUAUAACCAUCUGUAAAGUUACUGCAUAGAAGAGUAACUAGCCUACAAAUAGUAGGCAGUAGGUCUGGUUGUCCCUGAAACUGCCAGAAGACAAAGUCUGAACCAUGAUGCUUAUCUUUCAUUGUUAUAACUUAUUUCUCUCUGCUGCUUCUCCUCUUGUUCAUAGAUAAUUUGAGGGAGAGGAGAGAGAAGAAGUGGGGCUGUGCUCCAUUCCAUCAAUUGCUUUCAAUUUGUAUAUGAAUAAAACAAAUUAAAAAACAAA